AUGUCCGACCCCGUCACCUACAACUUCUAUGGCACGACCGUACCCGUGCUGCGCAGCAUCAGCAUUUCUGCAGCCAACAUAAUCCGCGCUGCCCAGGCCGAGCAGUCGAAAGGCAACAUGCCCUCCGACCAGGAAAUUCUUGAUUCCAAGCUUGGUGACAUGUUGCCCUUUCGCACGCAGCCCAUCCUGCUCGCCAAGUUCAUCGUUGCAGCUCUCGAAUACUUGAAGUUAGCCCAGGUCGAUCUUCCUGCUCUAGGGACCGACUUCAAGACGCUUGAUGAGGUCGUCGAGCUGCUCCAAAGCCUGAAGAAGGUGCUCGAGAACAUCGAUGAGAAGGCGUACAACGAUGCUGCGCAAAAGAGCGUCGACAUCCCGAUUGGGUCCAAGGGCCCUAUUCUGCAUAUGACCGGAUUUGCGGACUACUUCCAUGGUUUUGUCGUCCCCAACGCGUACUUCCACCUCAACGCUAUGUACAUGCUCUUGAGGAGUGCUGGCUUCAAACUUGGUAAAGGCGUAUACAUCGGAUCGUUCAUGAGUGAGCAGCAGCACAAGGACUGGGCGCCGAUGAGGGGCUAG